CUCCCGUCACCGCCGUAAAACGCAACAGCGUGGCGACGUGGAGGUAUCCCGAAAGACUCUGCCAUUUUCACAGUUGUUCUCGCAAACACAAACCGUUUGGCUCCUUCUAGUUUGUGUGUCGCCCGCUGCCGCCGACUCAAUGUCAUAUAAGACUCAGCUGCCAAGCAGAGACCGCGCUCUGAAGGGAAGAGAGGAGAAAAUGGUCGUGGCAGGCAAGCAUGCAGUCAAUGGGAAUCCCACUGUGGAGCCUUUUCCAGAAGGCAUGGAGACCAUUAUGUUUGGUAUGGGCUGUUUCUGGGGAGCAGAGAGACUUUUCUGGCGGCUUUCAGGAGUCUUCUCCACACAGGUGGGCUACGCCGGCGGCUUUACACCCAACCCCACCUACCCCGAGGUCUGCUCAGGUCUGACGGGUCACACUGAGGUGGUGAGGGUGGUCUUCUCCCCUAAAGACAUCAGCCUUGAGGAACUGCUCAAACGCUUUUGGGAGAGCCACGACCCUACACAAGGUAUGAGGCAGCAGAAUGACCGUGGUACUCAGUAUCGUUCAGCCAUUUACACAUCCAACCCUGCUCAACUGGAGCUUGCAUUGAAGAGCAAAGUGGCCUUCCAGCAGGAGCUGGAUAAAAAAGGCCACAGUCCCAUCACUACAGAGAUCCUGGAGGGGCAGCAGUUUUACUAUGCUGAGGACCAUCACCAGCAGUACCUGAAGAAGGUACCUAAUGGCUAUUGUGGCCUCAAAGGCACCGGCGUCUCUUGUCCCAUUGGAGCUGGGAAAGAUGAGCUGUGAGGGAUGUGUGGUGAGAAAGAAAAGGAUGAAGUGACGGAUGAUUUUUUUAAGGCUGUUAUGUCGUCAUGUACCGUCCUUAAUCUUUCAUUUUUAAAGCUAUUUGAUACACUGGUUAAAUGUAUGCAUUUCCAGUGUAAUAACAUAUUAGUCGGAUUGCAAAUACAUUACUACUAGGGCUGCACGAUAUUGUAAAAAAAAAUCAUAUUGCAAUUAUUUUUUACAGAUAUUACGAUUGCUAUAUGAUUCACGAUUAGUGGGAAUGACCAUUUUUUUCAACAUCACAAUAUUCAUUUUCACUGAAAAACUAUUAAAAUCAUGAUGUAUUUUGUUGUGGUCUGUGCCAAACAUGUUUUCUUACAUUUGGAGAAGAUUUGCUGCAGUAACAGUCAGCUUCCACAAGGUGGCGAUAUUUCUCAAAAAACAUAGUAGAGCUCCAGCAGAAUGUUUUUAUUACAUUCCAUUUAAUGUCACAUAUUGUAGCUAAGAAGCCACGUGAACACUUUCUCUUCCAAAGUUGGUUGAUUUGAAGAAAAUCAACCAACAUUAAUGGUUUUACAACCAUUUUCACAUCCAUCUUAAAGCCAGAACUCUAUGAGAGAGCUCAGACUUAGUAACAAGUCUUCAGAUUUCUUAAAUGCAGAUUUUAAUUUGAUCAGUAGCUUAGUAAAAGGCAAAUACAAUAAUACCAGCUUGAUUUUAAUGUAAUUUUAUUAUUUUCAUUUGACUGUGAAUAGCUGAUGUGAAUGAAUUGACCUCAAUCGAGACUCAAUCUGCUAUUAUUUUCUCAAUGUCUCCCUUUGGAAAUAAUAAAAUAUAUCUCCUCCAA